CUGACAGAGAGGUGGAGGCAUGGGGGUACUGAUCUUGAAGAAUGUUCUAGUUAGUCUCCUCAUCUGACACCUCCACUGGCUGGUGAAAUGUGUGCAGCUGGUGGCAGCAGAAGGUGGCCAGCCCAAAGCUCAAAUCAAUACCAUGACUACGGGCGAGAUGAAGCUACACUGUGAGGUGGAGGAGGUGAGCAGCCACCACUUGCCGGCCUUGGGGCUGAGGAACCGGGGAAAGGGCGUCCCAGCAGUGUUGAGCCUCUGUCAGCAGACUUCCAGGAGUCAGCCGCGGGCCCGAGCCUUCCUGCUCAUCUCUACCCUUCAGGACAAGCGUGGGACCUGCUAUGAGCUAGGGGAGAACAUUGAGCAAUUCUUCACCAAAUUUGUAGAUGAGGGGAAAGCCGCUGUUCUCUUAAAGGAGCCGCCUCUGGAUAUCUGUCUAAGUAAGGAUUCCCUAUGGUUCUCAUAUCAUUCCAUUCCAGCUCUGCCAAGAUUUGGACACCGCAAAAACCUGUAUUUGUGGAAGAUUCUGUCUGAACUCUUUUAUUCAAGGAACUACUACCAUGACUCUGCACUCUGUUGCCCACAUUGUGAUCUUAAUAGAUAAUAUGGGUGGUACUGAAGCACAUAUUAUGUCUUACUUCUGUUCUCUAGGCUGUUAUGUAAAUUCCUCUGAUAUGUUAAAGUAAUGAAUGAUACUACAAAAAGAAAUUUCAAUUACAGAUGAGUUUGGGAUGCAUAUAUGAUUUUGCAGCAUCAAAUUGGAGUAAGGGAAGCUUUCUGUAUAAUGCUGGAGAGGAGGAAUGUGUAUAGUUUACAAUCAUUUGUCUCCAAAACUUUUAUUAAAACCAAUUUUAAUU